CUUCUGUUGAAGCCGUCCCAGGUUUCGUUGCAACAAAGGUGAGAUUGACGUCUAGAAGAUGCCAGUUCCGCCUCCUCCAGCUCCGCCACCUCCCCCAACAUUUUCGCAGGCAAACACAGAGAAGCCCAGUUUGAACAAAACAGAGCAGUCAGGACGAAAUGCUUUAUUGUCAGAUAUUACCAAAGGGAAAAGGCUGAAGAAGGCUGUUACCAAUGAUAGGAGUGGCCCAGUUCUUGAUAAACCCAAAGGGCCAGGCGGUGGCGGAGGUGGCAGCUCUGGUUUCUCCAGUGGUGGAGGUGGCAGCUGUAACAGCGGUAAUAGUUAUGGUGGCGGUGGACCACCUGGCUUAGGAGGAUUGUUUCAGGCAGGGAUGCCGAAACUUAGAUCUACAAACAGAGAUAAUGGUAAGGACGAGGUGUGCAUUCCUAGAAACACAGUACCUUGGACUGACUAUACUGUUUUAUUGCCCAUUAUCAGGGAGAAAAAUUGUGUGACUAGAAAUAGAGGUGGCAGAGUUGGAACAGGGUUUGGCAAUGGGAACAGCCUGGGUUAUGCCAAUAUAGUUUUCUGCUUCACUCCAGGGGAGGCUUCCCUACCACCUCCCCCGCCCCAAAACCACAAGCCGCCAAUUCCUUCCACACCACGGCCACCUGCAGUAUCUCAGGUUCCUCCUCCUCUUCCCCCAAGUCGUCCAGGCCCACCUCCACUUCCACCGGCAUCAGGUGGAAAUGAUGAGAUGCCGCGGCUUCCUCAAAGGAACCUAUCGCUAGGCUCUUCUCAACCGCCGUGUCUGCCUGGCUCCAACCGUUCUGGACCUCCGCUUCCUCCCCCAGUUGAGAGACCACCACCUCCUGUAAGGGACCCGCCGAGCAGGUCAGGAUCUCUUCCUCCACCUCCGCCUCCGCUAACCAGGAAUGGAAGUACUUCCAGGGCACUGCCAGCUACUCCCCAGCUUCCCUCAAGAGGAGGAUUUGAAAAACCCAGAGGUGGGGCUGUGCCCCCACCCCCUCCUGACAGACCAGGUUCUGGAGCACCACCACCCCCUCCUCCACCACUCUCCUCGUCUGCCCUCCGAAAUGGCUUCCAGGAUUCAUCCUGUGAUGAUGAGUGGGAAAGCAGAUUUUCCUUCCAUCCUCUGUCUGACUUGCCACCUCCAGAACCAUAUGUGCCCAUGAACAAGAGUUAUCCGAGUAAAUUGGUAAAAAAUGACAAUAGAAGUGGAUCCAGUCGCAGAGAAAGAGGUGCUCCACCACUUCCUCCAAUCCCACGGUGAAGUGGGCUUCUAAUCCCUUUCAGGAUGACUGUUGUCCUUAUGUGUCCUUUGAACCUCUCCACAUGUCACAACGCUCCUUCUUCAACAGCACAUUUGAGCACAGCUCUCCAUCUUUAGAUGAAGUUAUUUCUUUUUAUUUUCCCAUUUAAUUUGGUGAAGCUCAAGGACCUGUUUUGAAUGGCCUGCCUACCUUGGUUUAGAUACAGGGUGACUGAGAACUUAUUCCCCAUUUCUUGGCAUUUAGUUCCAUACCAGUGGAAUGUGCUUCCAAUUAAGUGCCAAAGUAUCCUUACCUUGAAAACUAUCUUCAGAACUUCUUGAAACUAUCAUUUGUUGCAGUUUUGCUCAGCCUUGUCAUCAACAAGGAGAGAAAAGCUGCCUUGGCUUUAUAGCAUAAUAUUCUUAAGAUGUAAUUCCUGGAGAUGAAAAUCUUCCAUAUUUCUAUGGAUGGAAGUUGGGUUCACUUUUUAACUGUAAUCUCUGUGAGAUUACUGAUCGAUUUGAUCUGGCCCAUUUGACCAUUAAAAAAAAAAAGUGUGGCACAGUAAUUGGUACAUUCCACCUCUAGGAGGAGAUUGGGAUAAUUACGUGACAUUUUCCCAGGCAAUCUGUUUGAUCUGUAAUGAAUUGUAGCCUUUCAGAGACCAAAAGAACGUUGCCACCAAGAUUGCUUAUAACUUCCGUUACAGCUUUCACAAAUGCAUCUCAGUCUAGCUGUUGGGCUCAAUUGGAUUGAAGUGGAGAAUUAAAAAAAGAAAAAUACUGUGCACUCAGUCGUUAGGUUGGGAUGAUUGAGCAUCAUUGUCAUCUUGAGGAUUACACCAUCACUUCACUAAUGGUUCUACUAUUAGACCUCCCUUCCAAGACGUAUCGUACCCAAAGCUUCCCAUUUAUAUGUAAUGUUUACUAUAAAAGCCUGUAUUUUGAUCCAUG